GUGUAGUCUCCUGUCACAGCGCCGGGGCCGUUGCUCAGUGACCAUGUCCUUUCGUUCCAACUAAAACUCCCAUCAGCCCCCGCAGUUCCGGCUCAGCCAAUGGGAGCGCGGGAUUGCGGACAGCGCUAGAGAGGGGGAUGGAUUCUCACACACAGUGACUGCAAACAUGAGCUACCUGCUCAGGUGUGCCCGGAACAGACGGAGCCUUGAAGAUAAGCUGGUUCCCGGGUGAGAGAUGGAGGUGGACUGUGAAUCUGCAGUCCCUGAGGAUGGCAGCUGCCUGGCUUGGUGGAUACAGGAUAAUAACGCCAUUGUUAGGAUAUGGCAGGACACAGACCCCACCAGCGAUUCCAAUACAGUAAAGCAGAGGAUACAGCAGUGUUAUUCCGAUUUCUGCCACCUGCUCAGGAAAAUACAAGGUUUACCCCCUACUGUGCCCACCGUGCCUCUGGAGCUGACCGUCCUGUAUAACACUGUAAUAAUGCAGAUCAAUAUAACUGGAGGGUUCCUUGCUGAACACAAAGGACAGCUGGAGGUGGCCCUGAGCAGAGUGCUGGAAGCCUUGGGCCUGGCAGAGGUGGCUGACCCGGCUGGCGCGGAGCUCUGGGAGAAGGUCCUGGCUGCUGAAUACCCUCCGGAGAUGAAUUUGGCUCUGAAUAGGUUGGCCGGGCUGCAGUGUGGUCUCUGGCUGGCAAACAAUCAGCUGGAAGAGACGGUGAAGCUGUUUGCAGAACUUAAUAAGGUCCCUGUCCCCCCGGAACCAGCCACACACGAGAGAAAUAACCUGUUACCGCUGAUAAAAUCCUGGAACGUGCCGCAGCAGGACACGGAGACCCUGCUCAGUGUACAGACCCUCAGUCAGGUGAAAGACAUUCUCUUCACCACCGCCGCCUUCCUCCAAGGGGUAGGUGCUAUGGAGGCUGCGGAUUUCCCUCGAGCGGUGGUUCUCCUCCAGGAAGCUGCUGGCAGCCUAUGUUCUAGCCGAGUGUUGGCCGAGGUCUACACCUGUCUGGGAUGUUCCUUCUGCAAGAUGGGAAAGCCGCAGACAGCCUUGCAGUAUUGGAAGCAGGCGCUACGGGUGGACUUCCGCUGUCUGGCAGCCCUGUACCACAGCUCCUGCUUAUACGGCCGCGCGGGCAGGACGGAGUCUGAACUGGAGGCUCUCACGCUGCUGCACGCGGCAUUAGAAGACUCCCAUUCAGAUACCAGCUCCAAAGAGACCCUGUUCCUGCUCAGAACCGAGCUUAUACUGAGCACCCCCAUUCUGAGCCGCUUCAUCUGUACCCCCACCCCCUGUGAGGUGAAGUAUCUGAUCGCCAGUCGCUGGCUGCAGAACGAGAGCAUCCAGCAAGCAGUGGAACAUUAUGUGGACCUGAUGGCGGCUCUGCAGGACGGGUGUCCUCGGGAGGGCUUAUAUCCCAGCCCUGCGCCUCUUCCCAGAGUUCCGGUGAUCUAUCUGGAAGCUGCAUCAGCCCUUUUGGAGCAUAAGAGGUUUCAAGACGCCAUCGCGGUGUGUGCGGAACUGUUUGGGUGUCUCGGUCACGUAACAGCUGGGAUCAUCCGCAUAGACGGAGCGGACACCGACCAGGAGAGAACUGAGCAGCUGAACUGUAUCAUUUGGGCAUCUGCGGCUCAUCUGCUACAGGGGGAAGCCCAGGGAAUGCUGGGAGAUCACAAAGAGUCCAUCACUGACUUCACAAGGUGUAUAAACUUACUGAGCAAAGUCCAGUUUCCUGAUCCUGGUUCUGCGGAUGGUAGUGGCAGCUGCUAUAAAGUGUGUGGCAUCAUAAAGGCCGCUGCCUUCCUUGGGAGGGCUCAGCAGUUCCAGCAGAUGGAGAAGCACAAGAACGCUCUGCUGAAUGUGAAGCUCUGCCUGCAGGUAACACCAGUCUUUCCUUACGCAGCAUCCUGUCUUGUGAAUGUACUGUGGACGCUGGGUCACAAGAAAGAAGCAGCGAAUCAGUGGAGGAGAUUUCAGAAUGAUGAGGAGCACAUACAGCAGCAGUGGGAGGCAGUUAGGAGGGACCUGCCCCUCUACCUAUCUCUCUCCACCCUGAAAGGAAACUCUGUGGACGAUUCCCUUGUUAAGAAGUUGGAGGACUAUUUACGAAAUAAGGACAGUAAUAUUGGCGCUGACUCCUAACUCACCAUCCGAAGCUUCACAAAACGUUCUGACACCUCGCAGAGACGGUUGUGCUACACGGCUGCUGUUAUCUGGGGAGCGUAGUGUAACGUCAGCCUCGCUGCCUGCUAUCCCAUGAUUUCAGUGACCGAGAAACAGCCUGAUCACGUGCUGCGCAAUAACAUAAUUUCCUGGGAGAAAUUACAACGGCAUUGACCAGCGAAACCCAACUUGUUUCCUUUAUUACUACAUUGGCGACCCCAUGGCUACAAUGAUAAAAUGGCUGAUGAUGUGGAGAUCAGACUCUGGGGCCUUACUGGUGUGAGAUUGCCAGUGUGGAUAUUUAUGUGGAAGAAUCCAAUGGUGCAGCUGAAGUCAUGAAGCCUUUUAUGAUGUUGGGGCCUGGGAUAGUAAUCUCAUGCUUUAAGAUGACCUGUGUAAUAAAUUAUAUAAAACUCACUUUGUUCUUCCUCCUCCUUCACCAGUCUUUGUUUUCCAUCAGCUGCUUUAUGUUUGAUCACUGAUGGGGCAGUUCCAUAGGACCAAGUCAUUCUCACUUUAGACUUUUCCACCUAGUUACCAUGAAGUUCAGCCCCUGCCAUGUCUACCACUGUUACUUCGGCAGGUCUGUAAAUAAGGCCGUCAUCUCAUCGGAACUAUUUGCACUGGAAGAAUUGUCCACACAAAGUGGUAGACCUGAUAUAGUGGGAACUUAGGAAGAUCCUGGAAUCCCAAACUCCAGGCUCUUGUGUUCAUGCAAGACAACCCACCAGCAUCCGUGAGUUGAAGAUGUCCUAUAUGCGGGAAUGAGUUCCCGUAUUUUUUCUUUUUUGAGCCUUAACUGAAUUAAAAUCUAUAUAUAUUUCUCUGC